UGUAUCAUCGGUGCAGGUGCCGCAGGGCUAGCCGCUCUCAAAGCCGUUCUCGACUCGCCUCGUUAUCGGGCUGGGCUAUGGAUGCCCACCGCUUUCGAGUCAAGAAAUGAGGUGGGCGGGAUCUGGCUUCCGGACACUUCCGCGGAAGGUACUAUCCAAGAAACACUUCCAAAGACCCCGUUGUAUGAUUCUCUGACAACAAACCUACCGCAUCCGGUCAUGGCCUAUCCGAGUUUCUCCUUCCCACCCUCGACACCAGUUUUUCCCGGGGCCGCGCACGUUCAAAGCUAUUUGAAGUCAUAUGCUGCGCAUUUCGAUCUUGGUUCCCAUAUCCGCUUCAAUACCACGGUCACUGACGUGCUCCGGAGCAAGUCGGGUUGGUCUGUGAGUCUAGACACGGGUGAGAUGUUGCAAUUCGACCUGGUCAUUGUCGCCAACGGUCAUUAUGCCAUUCCCCGUUAUCCUGACGUGCCCGGACUAAACGAUUGGCUGGCCGCCAAGAAAGCCAUGCACUCGAUCUGGUUUCGGCGACCGGAACGAUUUGGAAACAAAGUCCUUGUGGUGGGUGGUGGUCCCAGUGGCAACGAUAUCUCUGCAGAUCUCGCGACUGUUUGUCCCGAGAUUGUACGGUCCAUUAGUGGUGCGACUGUCUCGGCCUCAGGCUCGAUCAAGACACGAGGUCGGACCACUCGAUUUGGGCCCGACGGAAAAGUCUUCUUUGAAGAUGGCAGCGUCGAAAACGAUAUUGACUUUUGCAUCCUCGCCACCGGCUAUGAAGUGCAUUUUCCGUUCCUAUCUGAGGAAAUCGUCCAUCCGACUGCUCCACCCCCGUGUCCUCCACUGCCUGACGAACUGUACAACUCAACAUACAAUAUCUUUCCUCUUGCACAUCACAUCUGGCCGUUGCAAAAGCAUUUCCCACCCACGACGAUGGCAUUUCUGGGUCUUCCUGUUCGUGUCGCCCCGUUGCCAGUCAUGGAAGCUCAGGCGGUGGCCGUUCUGCAUGCAUUUGAGCAUCCUGAAUCCCUCGAUCUUGAAGCGGCAAGGACUGGCGUGCUGGACCGUUACAAGGCUGUCGGCGGCCGUGACUUCAGCGUUUUCCAGGAAUCUCAUGAGCAGUUUGAUUAUUCAGACGCACUCCACGCUUUUUCCUCGAGCAAAGUACGGGCUCCUAUCUGGCGCAGGACAAUGUAUGAAGAAAAGACUGUAUUGCGGAGAUUUUGGGUCCAUCUGGAGCGUACUGGAGAGGCCGAGGCAUGGGUCAAGCACGUGGGUCGAGGAGACAAACCAUGGGAUGAAUGGGAAGCGCUAUUGUAUAGACUUCUUGAAGCCGCGCGAAGAUGGGACUCAAAAGAUGGCUCUCUGUUGUAGACAAAUCUAGAUAUCUGAUAUGUGUGGGCGAAGGGGGGGAUUCGAUCUCCGAUCACGGCGAUACCGUCCACGUGAUCGCUCCGUGUAUUACUUGCACUAGAUUCUGAGCUGCUCAGCGUCCUCGACGCUCCCCCGACGCGUGUUUCUUCUUCAAACAGAAAUUUCGACACAUUCAAUCGAGUUACCCGUUCAGAAGUCGCCGUGCUCCGUCACAAUGGACUUUUCAGCCCAUUUCGGGGAUAGCACUGGAUUGUAUUCCAUGAGUGAGGCUGACGAUUUCUUGUACAACCAAGUCCCGGGGCCAGAGGAAAACGCCAGCUCCAGCUCGGAAGAAGAGUCCUCGGACGGCUCUUCCAAUGGGGAAGGGAGCGGAGGGGAGGAGGACUUUGCAGGCCCCGUUCCGCUAGCAGAAAUGCAGAUCGAAGGUGAUUUUGAACGGCUAGUGCAAAACAUCCGCGAGGAUGACAACUCUGGCGGCAUUCUCAACAGGGACUGGGACUUCAAUGUAAAGGAUCAAGAGAGCCAAUUCAGGGAUGACCUCCGUGGAGCAUCGGGUGUAGGAAAAACACGGCGGAAAGGCAAACGCGGCCGGCGCACAGGGCCGGCACUUUCAUUUGAGGUCAAAGCCCUCCUCGGGGACGCCAACCAAGCCUACGUUGAUGGGGACCUUUCCGAGGCGAUCAGGCUCAUGCGCGAAGUCAUUCGUAUCGAGCCGCGAGCCGCAUCAGCCUGGUCCGUACUCGCGCAGUGCCAUGACGAUCUGGGGAAGCCCGAAGAGGCACUUCAGCUACGGAUCAUGGCGGCGCAUCUCAGGCACGAAGGCGAGGAAUGGGAUCGGCUCGCGAGACAGUCCAAUGAUCUCGGUUUCAAGCAGCAAGCUUUGUAUUGCUGGGGAAAGCUGGCUAGCCUUGAUCCGACUAAUAUCAAUGCACAGUGGGACAGGGCGUCGCUUGCCCGUGAUUUGGGCGAUUUGAAGACGACAAGGCAUGCCUUUCUAGCGAUUCUCAAGGUCUUUCCGCAUGACAUCCCUGUCCUUUCUGAGCUUCGCAAUGUGCUUGUCGAACUAGGCGACCUCGAGACGUGUCUCAAUCUCUUCGCUGCUGCAUUCGAGCACUACCAGCGCGUAUAUCCAACAGGAGCAGGAGAUCUUCCCGGUGGCGGUUUUGGACUGAUGGAGCUGCUGGUUUUGGCAGACUUGUACAACACGGUCUCCGAACACCGGCCAGCUGUGGAGGUCAUACGUCGAGGAUGUCGUUGGCUGCAAGGUCGAGGUGAUCAGAGAUACUGGGAUGCUUGUGACGACGAUCGCGAAUACGACUUGGAAUCGUUCAAACGAGUCGUGGAUGAAGGACCCCAGCCUGGAUUCUAUCCCUUGGACGUGAAUGCGCGACACAGAUUGUCCGUUGCGCGGAUCCAGAUGGGGUAUACGCAAGAGGCCAAGUUUCACACGAGUGCUGUACUGGCUGAGGAUGUGUUGGACUAUGCACCUCUGUUCGCAGAGACGGCCGACGCUUACUUCGACCAGAAGAUGUAUGCUGAAGCACGGCCUAUUUACGAGCUUUUGGGGACCGAGGAAAGCACAAGCAGCAUGUACAUCUUGCUACGAACGGCGAUUUGUUUGCGCAUGCUGAAUGAGUUGAGACCAGCUGUGGAUGUUUACGAGCAAAUCAGACUUGUGGAUCCAACCAACAACGAUGCCAAAUUGAAGCUCGCUGAAAUCUAUGAAAUUCUUAAUGAGCCUCGCAAGGCACUUGACUUGGUUUACGAGGUCAUCGACAGCAGACGGCGAGGCAACAAAAUCAUCGACGACGACGCGGGCACAGCCAAUACUGCACCGCCCACUUCGUCGCUUUUUGCCGAAGAAAGCAAGUCGAGCGCACGCAUGAAGCGAUCGCAACCGCAGAACCGCAUGAGCCGUGAGGCCCUUAUCGAGCUGGAGACCCAAAUGGAGCUGGAGACACUGCGCAGUCACCAGCACUUGCAGGAACUGUACCCCCAGAUCGAUCUGGGCUUACAGGAUGCAAACGAAGCCGAGAGAGAUUGGGUGAUCACGGCAGAAAGGCUACUGGAUGCGUUCCGGGAGACAAGACAGUUGUUUACUACGACUGGACAAUUCAAAGGCAUGUUUCCGGGCAGAGAGCGCCCCUCGAAAGAUCGCGAGGCAAUGGAGGCCAGGAUGAUUUCACGGCUGCAGAUGGAGCUGGAUGGGGGCGGCUCAAGCGCGAAAAACAGCACCGACGUGUUCCGAGGCCUGAACUUCCGGGAUUGGCUGAGUCUAACCUUCCAGUACGCUUUCCUAAGCACCAAAAGGAACCAGUAUGAAUCUGCCGAAGAUCUCUUGAAGCAUAUGGCGCUCUCCAUCGCGUUCCGUUCCGCCGAAUGCCAAACUUCGAUCCGGCUUGCGUUAAUCUCUUGUGCGAUGCUAGCGGGGCGAUUUUCUACUGUUGUCGAGCAUGCGCGGAAGAUCAUCACUACGUAUCAGUUCAACAACGAGCCGCUGCGGAUUCUGCUGGCGGUGCUGUCGAGUGGGCUGCAUCCGACGGACGCAUUUAUCGUGUCCCCCCUCCAGAAGUUCUUGUAUCGGGAGAUGAAACUCGUUGGGGUGGCAAGCAAGAAUCCGGAACUGGCCAAGUGGACUCCCGCCCAGAAGCGCUUUAGUUUGAUCAACAACAAAGGCGAGGACGGAGAUGACGAACCAGCGGAUGAGGCUGUCCCCACAGCUGGGGGUGGAGACCAUGUUCUGCCCGCUUACGCCCGGAAACCGAAUCCUGUUAUCACGGCUAUAUAUGGUCAGGUCUGCGUUGCAGCCAAGAGCUACCAGAGUGCAAUCUUCUAUCUCCUACAGGCCUACGAAAUGUGCCCCGAAGACCCGAUGAUCUGUCUGAGCCUGACCAUGGCGUCUCUGGGCCGUGCGAUGCAACGGCAGUCCGACAACCGCCAUCAUCUCGUGGCCCAGGCCUUGGCGUUCCUCUCGCGGUACCGCGCACUGCGCACAGAGCAGACCCAUGGCUUGGGUGAGAUCGAGUACAAUUUCGGGCGCGCGUUUCAGCAGAUCGGACUGCACAGCCACGCUGCCAGGCAUUAUGAGGCGGUCCUGGCGCUGGCUGAGACGCAACAGGAUAAGACUGACACUCUCGCUCAAGAGGCUGCUUAUAAUCUGGCUUUUGUGUACAACUCAACUGGCGCGGUGGAGCUGGCUCGAGCUCUGUAUAGGCGCUGGCUGACUGUUUGAUGACCCGCGCCGCAAAGGUGUAUCCGUAUUCUGUUAGGAAUCGACUUCGGCAAUGUAUCCACAUUUUGUUAGGAAUCGACUUCGACUCCGUAUCAGUUAUUCGUGGUCCCAUCAUCACAUCACGAGAGCAAUCCUUGAUAUCAAGAUUUGGCCCGCAGAAUACAGAAUAGGGCCAAGCAAGCCCCACGGCAGGAUUGAUGGCAGAAUAGCGUGACACGCCUUUGUCUUUCCUCUUCUACGAUUAUAUUCUACUUUUUUCUUUACUCUACGCCGAUAAUGACCUGUAGUGGCACCCACUGGAGCGAUAUUCAGACGCAAGCCAUGAUCGACUGGCUUCUUGACCCCGAUCCGCAUCGCCAGGGUAAGCGAAGCGGCCACGGCCUCAAACCUGAAGUCUACGAGGAACUGGCAGCUGC